AUGAGUGCCGUUCGAUGGAUUAUUUUGUGCACACUUUUGCUGAUUUAUAAGGGAACUGCUCAAUUCCUAGAUAGCAAAUGUGCAACUGUUGAGUAUAAGGGGUCUAUUCGCACUCCUUGGCUAGCUGAGAUUCAAACAAAAUCUAAAUUAAUCUGUGCUGGUUCACUUAUUAAUAAACGGUACGUCUUGACAGCUGCAAGCUGCAUAGAAUCCCAAACUCAACUCGUCGUGCGCUUGGGAAAUUUCAACGGAUCGUUAUCAGACAAUAGCUAUUCCGACAACACCUACGAGGAAUACCCUGUCUCAGAAGCCUACGUACACAAGUCUUAUUCGGCAGACACACAUGAACAUAACAUAGGUUUGCUUAAGCUGCCAACUGCAGUCAAAUAUAAGCAACAUAUAAAACCGCUAUGCAUCACAGAAAACGUUAAUAAUAUAAACAAGUCGCUCACUUUUAAAAUUUUAAAAAAGAAUGCUAAAAUUGGCUUUUGGGAGAGUAUAAAAUCGGUAUUUGGAAGUUCUUGUGCUGACAUUAAAAAGCAAGAAUACGUAUCCUCUGAUCUCAUUGGCAGUCCCUUUAGUAAACCAAUCUUCUAUUGGGGUGUAAGUCGCAACGUGCAACAUGGAAUUCUGAGCUUCAGUAAUCCCGAAACAUAUGUUUAUACCAAUGUUAUCGGCUAUACGGACUGGAUAAUACUGAACGUGUUAGAAAUCGAUAUAAUAAUGACGAAUUCCCGAGGAGUGAAUUGAAUAAAUCUAUAGAAAUAUUUUAAAUAAUGGUAUUGCGACCAUCAAUAUAUCUUUUAAAUGUGUUUUUAAUAUUGAAUUACAUCUAUUUAUGUCUUUAUUAAUAAAAUAUUUUCUGCAUUAAAA